UAAGACUCAUGUGACGGAGUGGAACCGACGGAGGUACCGUAAAGACGUGGAGAGGAGAGUGACUAACUGGGAUGAUUACCUGGGCCGACACAUGAGGUGGUACGAUGAUGGCCAGAAGCACCGUCUUCGUCUCAGGCCUCGAUGGACGGCGGAAGACAUCGCGGAGCUGGAGUGGGCUGACCCCGAUGAACAGGCAUACCAGACCGGCAUUAGAGACAUGCACAGUGGAUUUAGGGAGUUUGCACCCCUCAUCAACAGAGUGUCCGGUGAGCUGAACAGAUGCAUCUUCGAUGCCUCAGAUGCACUAAGUGAUCUUCCCGGGAGCAUAGCAUCGGAGACCAGAGUCAGGGGGACGAUGAAGAAGUUCGUGCAGCAUUGUCGCAAGCUGGUAGGGCUGCUUGGGUGUGCUGGAGCUGGGUCAGUUGAAGCUUAUCAGCCUGUAGCCACAUAGGGUAUCAUCGGCUCAUCGAGCCAUG